CGCUGAAACCUUUACCAAGGCAACGUACUGCGCUCAAUGACUCUAAACGUGGUUUGUGCAAACUGACUUUAUUUGCAAUAACAACUGUAAGCACCAAUGCAACAUCCUUCUCCGCAGAUUGUACAUUAAAAUGGCAGUCAAAUUUAAGGGGAUCAGCGAGUAUAAGAGCAAAUUCAAGGGGCGGAGCGCGCGGUCCAGAAGCGCAUCUCCCCAGUUCAGGAUGCCCAAGGCGGGGCUUCGGUCCGACCAGCUGGGUGUCAGCAGAGAGCCGCAGUUCCAUUCUAAAAAGAGGGUGCCUUUCCACAGGCCCCGGGUGUACCAGUCCUUUCAAUGGCCGGGGCCAGAAGAGUUGCCACGGGAACACCACACCCCCAGGCCAAGCACGACUCCCGCUGCAGCGCCCCCUGCAGAGGCACCGGGAGACGCAGAGGGUGCCCAAACCCCACUGGCCCCCAGGGGUCCCAGGCCCUCUGGGGCUCUGUGUGAGGGGAGCGUACCGGUCACCCAGGCCCCGCCCCCAGCUGCAGAGCCCCGGGGUGCUGUCACAGUGGAGGAGGCGGAGCCUGUGCUGAAUGGAGUCCACCACGUUCUGAAGAGGAGGGCGGGGCUUAAGUCAGCAGGCCGUGCCAAUCGGCUCCUGAGCUCAGAGUAUCAGAGGCAGUUCCAGCGGAAAACGCGGGUAGCCAGCUCCCCCCUCCUGGCUGCAGAACAGGUGGUGUACAGCAGCAGUCCCGUCAUCCCGCCCUUCAAGGCGAACCCAUUGGUCCAGGAGAGCGAGUACAGGCGGAGCUUCAAAGGGUCCCCGCCCCCCAGGGCUCCCCGACUGCGGCGGGACCUGGAGCAGAGAGAGGAGGGGGCUCAGUUCCAGCCGGAGCAGGACUCCCCGGAGAGGGCAGCAAAGGUGACCCCCCCGAAGAAGAAGAAGAAGAAGCAGCUGCAGCUAUCCAGGAAACCAAGCCUCCAGAACGGCGCCCCUCAGUGUGGUUCGCAAAGCCAGUGGCGGGAAACGAGGUCACAGAGCCCACCACAGCCCCGCCCCUCCCAUGGGGGAUACAGGAAGGUGAGGUCAGAGUACAGCUCUCAUUUCCGCUCCCCCCUGCACUACCGGCUCAGAGACGGGGUUUGGGUCCGGUCCUCCACAGCUGCAGCAGAGGCGCAGGAGCUGAGAGAGAAGGCCGAGGCGUACCGGCGGAGGGCCUGGGGGACCCACUUCUCCCGGGACCACCUGAACCAGAUCCUGUCCGAGCAGAACCGCCUGUGGGAGGCCUCCACCGCCUCAGACACCGGCACGGAACGCAGCAGCACCAGCAGCACCAUCCACGCUCUGGACCUCGCCAGUAUUGAGAGUGUGAGGGGGAGCACCGACAGACGGUCCCUGCCCCGGUCCCCCUCGGCCCGGUCCCCCUCUGGGGGAGGCAGCGAGGAGGCGGAGCUGCACAAUGCACCCACCCUCCCAGUGCGAAGGAAGCUGGUCUGGGGGGAGGCGGAGCCAGAGCAGAAGGACAGGGACGAGAGAGAGAAGCUGGGGGAGGAGCCCCACGGCGGGAAAAGACGGGAGGAGCUGGAGGAAGAGGAGGAGCAGGAGGAAGAGGAGUACAAGAGUGAUAAGGCAACAGCCUCAGGGGAUCUGUCACCCACAUCAGACUCCCACAGCUCUGUGCUGGGGGGCAGGCUGCCCACCCCCAAAAUGAAGACCAUCACCACUAUCCAGAGGACGCACCAUGACCUCACCACCCCGACAACAGGGGGCGCCAUUCUGGUCUCCCCUCCGAAACCGAAGGAGGCCUCUCCGGGCAGGAGUAUCCGGAGGAGCGAGCCGCCUCUGGGGAAACCCCACUCGCCCCACAAGCCUCUGUCCCGGGCCUCGCCGGAGAGGGUCGGCAGUAAGGGGAGCAGCUCGCCUCACUCCUCGCCGGCUGCAGGUCUGACCACAGCGGACCCCAUCCCGCUGAGGGAGGACGCCUGGCCCGCGCACCCCUCCCCGGAUGACUCCCCCGCUCCGCGCCCUGCCGGGACGUCCCGCAGGCGCAGCCCCGCCGCCGCCCCCCCUCCUCCCGCUCCCGCCCCGACCAAUCGCAUCCUGGGAAAGCUGAGGGACCCGGAGUUCCAGCACAACGGUAACCUCGGAUUCGUCAGGCACGAGAUGGCAGCCGCUGCUUCAGCUGACCUUUCUGACGACGAUGACAGGAUGUCCCAGAUCUCGGCCUGGUCGGCCGCUUCCUGCUCCAUGGCUUCCCAGGUCCUGGAACGAGCUCAGAAACGACAGAAGAGCUUCUGGGGCAAGAGCUAGAGCCCAUGGCCACAUUAAAAACUCUCAGCUGUGUGCGUUUUCUUCCUGCAUAUUAUGUUUGAAAAUGUUUUUAUAUAUAUUUUUUUCAAUUCUUACCAUUUUUUUCUAAUGUUAUCUAAUUAAGAAAAUGAAGUUUAAAAUGGAUUAUGAGCGAAUAGGUGCAGUAAUUUAUUUUUGUAGAUUUGAUGAGGCAGAGGAAGGAACUAGAAACUAGAAAACACUUAUUUCAAAGCUGUAGUCCUUUUGUAUUUGCCACACGCAAGUGAAAAUGAAACUAUGCAAAAUGGAUUGUUUUUGUGCACAAAGUACAAUAAAAAAAACAUUUUCUCCUGAA